AUGAGUUCUCAAGAUGAACCACCUGUGAAGAGGCGUGAGUCUCGAUCGGGGACAAGGAAAGUCUCGACUCUUUCAGUGGAACAACUAGAGCGAAAGCGUGCCAACGAUCGAGAGGCUCAGCGUUCCAUUCGUCAACGCACCAAGGAGCACAUAGAACAACUUGAGGCUCAGGUCUCUACGCUCCAGUCACAGAUUGCGGAGAUGCGGCUCCAAACCGAACAGUUCGAUGAAGUCGUACAACACAAUGCCUUUCUGGAGAACGAAGUGAUCCGAUUGAAGCAUCAAGUUGCUUCUUUGACUGGCCGACCGGAGUUUGCAUCAUCUAACGAACCGAUGGCUCCGUUUCGAAGUGAGUGGUCUUUGGACGAUGCCUCGAGUAGUGCAUUACCGGGCAUCCCAACAACAGGGGCAUUGCUACCGCCACACUUCACUGCAACAUCCCACACUCAGAGACCAUCGGGCUUUCUAGAAUCACGUCGAGAGUCUCAUCAGCAUGACUGGCAACACCCAUAUCCGUCCACAAGAUCGCCGUCGCUCGGCGCAGCCUCCGACGCGGAAUUCCCGAAUCGUAUGGAGCCAUAUUCCAUAGAUGGUCAAAUGCAUCAAGGACAACCAAUACGCCCACCUCAGCAACAAUCCGAAACGUCUUUCUCUCAGUUCGCUUACAGCAACCGAUCACUUUCCAUGUCGAGUGCCAGUCCCGUUUCUCAACCAACUCCCGCCCGAGUCUACCAACCCUCCACAGCGACGUACCCGCAACCAAUCCCUCAAUCGCAACAGACGGAUCCGACAUACGAGUAUCCAUGGGUGCCUCCGUCAUGA